AUUUUAGGACAUGCUCAAAAGGAUCUUCACUAGAAAGAAGAAAAGCUCACAAGAUAGGCCCAACCAUUCUGAUGGAGACAUUGCCAAUACUCAAUAUAUGUGCAUUGACGAAGGAGAGCGGUGUAAGUCCGUGGAACCCGUGAUAAAUCCUAAUUACGUGUUGCGAGAAAGAAAAAACAACGAUGAGAUAGAGAUAUCGUACUAUAACACUGAUACUUACAUUAACGUGGACAAGAAACGACCUUGUUAUGAAAAUCUUGAUAACCCUCCUACUUCUCUCAAAAGUGUCCUUUCUGACAACAUGAAUAACAGGGGAACAUAUGACGGAAUAUGGCACUACAACUCGAAUAAAAAUAAGAAGACUGUGACUAAUUCACGAACGAGCUCAUCAAUUCCACACUUUGAAGCUUGCGAUGCGACUCAAAUACAGUACGACCAAGUCAAAGACAUCACCCAACAAAAGUGGUAUUUCGGGUACUUGGGUCGAUCUGAAGCUGAAAGUAAACUUAUCCACACUCUUCCCUCGACUUUCCUAGUUAGGCAAAGCCAACGAGAUGAUUCUUACAUCUUGUCAGUAAAGCUGCUGGCGGGACCUGUUGCACACAUCAAGAUAGAGAAAGGGGAAGGGUACUGGCUACAAGGCAGCUACAAGACAUUUUAUACAAUUGGACAAUUGGUCACAUUCUUUACCCUAAACGAGAUUGCGAUCAAACAGCUGGGCCUACAUCAACUUCUAAAACUGGGACUGGUCAACAAGUCAAACGCGGUUGCGUAACAUUGUGCUCAAUAUUUGGACCCACGUUUUCAAUAUUGAUACUGUAUUGAAUGUAUAAUGAAGAAGAGUUUUGUGUGCGAUUUUAAUUGAAUAUACAUAGUUUAUUGUUGGUAUUUCUCAUGCAUGAUUCAAAUUUAAUUCGCUACAAUUUAAGAAUUCUGGAUAUUUAUUUUAAUGAAUACAAAAAUUAUGGAUUUAUUUAUUUUUAUUUAAUAUUUUGGUAUGUAUUUACUUAUUUGUGUUAGUUUAUUUAUAAUUUACUCAGCAUACUAUUGUAUUAUUGUAUGCUGUAAUCUGGAGAGGAAUGAUUAUUUAAUAUAUACAUUUUCAUUAUUCUAUUUCUUACAAGAUAA